AUGCGGUACAAUCUGUCAGCAUCUGCCAAGAAACCAGGACCCUUGGCAAAGUGCUUGAAGAAGUCGACAGGCGCGACAACACUAAGAAACGCAAAGACGGCAUCGAUAUGGGUUACUAAAGACAAACCCGCAGCUCUCAUGCGUGUCAAACUUCUCGCCGAAGAGCAGAAGCAGGCCAAAGGCAGUUUUCCAGGUCCUUGCCCCGUUGUGUACAACAGCAAGGUUGCUGACACCUCGGAGCUCGAAGCUGCUGUGUCCGUGGGUGCCUCAGCAGUUACAAUCUCGCUCAGUGACGUUGGAUUGGAGAAGGCCCAGGAGAUUGUGAGCUCAGCUGCUCAGCUAGGGCUUGAAACAGUAGUCAGCAUCAAGAAGAAUGGUCAGGUCGAUGAGGCCUUGAAGUGUAAACCAGAUGUGUUUCUUGUUGCUGCUGAGGAGAUUGAGGAUACUGUUUCCAUUGUACAAGCCCUGGGUGGUGACAAACUACCAAUCAUAGCACAAGUACAAGCGAUGCAGAAGAAUGCUAAUGAAAGGGAGUACGUACAAAAGAUCAAAGAAGCUGGCUGCAAAGCGAUCUUGCUCAAAGAAGCUUGUGUUGGGGACAGCGAAGAUUUGGAUUACACAAAGUGGGCUGUUGAGGCAUUCAACAGCAAGUUGAGCAAGGAGUUCGGGAAGAUGACUGGGAUGACUAUUAGUAUGACGGAUAUGACGCGAGACAGCCCGGGAGCGAUCAACGGAGUUUAUUCUAGAGCAUGGAAACGCAAGCAAUUGGAGGAUUUGUAG